CUUGAACGACUACCAAUAUUACGCAAGAGCAAGAGCCGAAACAGAACAACCAAACAUUAAACAGGGAACAUAAUUAAUAUUCGCAGAGGACACUUUAUUGCUUAUCAACAUAAUGGGUCGGUAUUGCCAACUUGUCAUGGGUCCUGCAGGAAGUGGCAAGUCCACAUACUGCUCAACCAUUAUGACACACUGCCAAAACAUUCGAAGGCCGGUCCAUCUUGUCAACCUUGAUCCCGCGGCAGAAAAAUUUGAAUACGAACCAACAAUUGACAUCCGGGAUCUGAUUUCCUUGGAAGAUGUGAUGGAAGAGCUUCAAUAUGGACCCAAUGGAGGGCUAAUAUACUGUAUGGAAUUUUUGAUGAACAAUAUUGACUGGCUGGAGGAUGAGAUUGGAUCAUAUACGGAUGACUAUCUGAUUAUUGAUUGCCCAGGUCAGAUUGAGCUUUACACACAUUUCGAUAUCAUGAAACGACUGGUUGAAGCCUUGACGAAACUCAACAUUGCAAUCUGUGGCGUCUAUUUGCUUGAAUCGCAAUUCGUAGAAGACAAGUCCAAGUUUUUUGCAGGAGUGAUGAGCGCUAUGAGUGCAAUGAUCAACCUAGAGAUUCCUCAUAUCAAUGUCAUGAGUAAAAUGGAUCUCUUGCCUAAGAUGAAGCCUUCAGAACUGGAACGGUACUACAACCCAGAUCCGUUACUCUUGAUGGAUGAUGUGAACAAAAAGACAAGUCCCAGAUACCAUCAGCUGAACCAAGCGAUUGGUCAAUUGGUUGAGGAUUUCAACAUGGUGGCAUUCUUACCUCUAAAUAUUACGGACGAGGAUUCAAUCACAGCCAUUUUAUCGCACGUUGAUAAUGCUAUUCAGUUUGGAGAGGAUCAAGAACCCAAGGAGCCAGAAGAGGAAAUAGAGCGUGAAACUGAUGACUACAAUGAUGAUUUUUAGGGUUCAUUACGCUUUUAGUCAUGAGCAACUUUCACAUGCAGGAAGGUAGGAUAGAAUAUAGCAAACAACUAUUAUAUAAUACAUAUUAGACAAGAACGUGAAAAUCGGAAGAAUAUGGCGCUCUUUC